CUAGUCUGGGCGGGUCCAGUGAGAAAGAGACGUUUAGGAGGAAAAGCACCAACUAACUAACUACCAGCAUAGGCACAAACAUGGCGCCGGCUUCCACCGAUAAGUACAGAUGAAAGUGUGCCGAAGAAGUAGUCAGCAAAGUUUCUGAGGAGUAUUUCUGUGGAUUUGUUUUUGUUACGCACUGUCCCGGCUUUUGGUUUAACCCGUUUUUAUUUCGUUUGCACUAUUGAAAACACGGAAUAUAUCAAGCGGGUGAAAGCAGCAAGUUGCCUACAUGUCAACAUUGUCCCUCGCUGCAGCGUAAACAGCUGGUUCAGCCAGCCAUGAUUGAGGACAAGGGUCACCGUGUGACCGACUACUUUGUCGUAGCCGGUCUGACGGACAAGUCCACGCCCUUGGUACAGGAUCUGUCAGAGGCCAAGUCCAGCGGGCCCAAAGCGCCCAUCACUGACUUGGCCGUCAUAAACAGGUCAGCGGGAGAAGCGGUGCCGGAGGGCUUCACGUGUAUUGACGCCACCUACAGCGGCCAGCCAGCUAACCUAAACCAUGGCAGUCUGAAGAGCCCUGAGCUCUUCCUCUGCUACAGGAGGGGUCGAGGGAAGGCUCCACUCAUUGACGUCGGGGUUCUGUAUGAGGGGAAGGAGCGCCUGAUCCAGGGCUGCGAGGUCAUCCAGGCCACGCCCUACGGCCGCUGCGCCAACGUCAACAACAGCUCGGCCACCUCACAGCGCAUCUUCAUCACGCUCCGCCGAGCGCCGCCCGUCCAGCCCCAGAACUCCCUUGCCGUCACGGACAUUUGCGUCAUUGUUACCAGCAAGGGUGAGAUCCCACCGCAUACUUUUUGCAAAGUGGACAAGAAUCUCAACUGUGGCAUGUGGGGCUCCAACGUGUUCCUGUGUUACAAGAAGUCAGUAUAUGCAUCCAAUUCCAUCAGUUACAAUGCUGGUCUAAUCUUCCGUUACCCAGAAGAGGAUUAUGAGUCCUUCCCCUUGUCCGAAUCUGUUCCUCUGUUUUGUUUGCCUAUGGGUGCCAAGAUCGAGUGUUGGGCACCGAACACACGUGAUCCUCUGCCCGUCUUUUCCACGUUUGUCUUAACCAUCUCAUCGGGUGAAAAGGUGUAUGGAGCGGCUAUUCAGUUCUUUGAGCCGUACCAGGUGGAUCUGUUGAGCGAGAGGCAGAAGAUCCAGCUGGGCCUGCUCACCACGGUGGAGAAGAAGAUAAUCCCUAAUCGACCUGUUAACACCAAUAAAUGCAUCUGUUUGCUCUCUCGUUGGCCCUUCUUUGAGUCUUUCCGCAAAUUCCUGAUGUUCCUCUACAAACUUUCAGUCUCAGGGCCCCACCCACUGCCUAUUGAAAAGCACAUCUCACACUUCAUGCACAAUGUGUCAUUUCCUUCCCCUCAAAGGCCCAGAAUCUUGGUCCAGCUCUCGGCACAUGACACCUUGAUCCUCUCCCAGCCUGUGUGUACACCUUUACCCCUCAGUGGGGCAGACUACGGCACGCUCCUGAUGAAUCUGGGUUCAGAGAACUGCGCCACACUGCUGCACUUUGUCCUUCUGGAGAGCAAAAUCCUGCUGCACUCGCUCCGGCCUGCUGUGCUCACUGGAGUGGCCGAGGCUGUGGUAGCUAUGAUCUUCCCCUUCCAGUGGCAGUGUCCUUACAUCCCCCUGUGCCCACUCUCUCUAGCGGGCGUCCUCAAUGCACCUUUACCAUUCAUCGUGGGUGUUGACUCCCGCUACUUUGAUCUCUAUGACCCCCCGCCAGACGUCGUCUGUGUGGACCUGGACACCAACACCAUCUACCUGUCUGACGAGAAGAGACACAACAACUGGAAAAACCUCCCAAAAAAGCCCUGCAAGAGCCUCAUCAACUCCCUGAGCAACUUACACCGCCAGCUGGCCACUGUCGCAGUGCGUCAGACGGCACAGGAGAGCUCAGCGGUGGACAUGACCCCCAUCGAGGCCGACUUCACCUGGCACAAGAAGAAGACAGCCUUGGAGAUGGAAAUCCAGGAAGCUUUCCUGCGCUUCAUGGCCUCCAUCCUGAAGGGCUACCGCUCCUACCUCAAACCUAUCACCCAGGCACCUUCAGUGAAGGCCACGGCUGCCGACUCUCUGUACGAUCUACAAGGGUUCCUCAAAAGCAGAGACCGAGCCCACCAGAAGUUCUACUCCCAGCUCACCAAGACUCAGAUCUUCAUCCGCUUCAUCGAAGAGUGCACUUUUGUCAGUGACAAAGACACUGGUUUGGCAUUUUUUGACGACUGCGUGGAGAAGCUUUUUCCCUCUGAUAAAAUCACCGACAAGGGCACCAAGGUCGAAGGCGAGUCUUCAGAGGACACAAGACUUCUGGAGCUGGACGAGUCUCAGAAGAGUGAGCACACUGUGUUUGUGAUGCCUCCUGAACCUCCAGCUGAUGAUGGCCCUGACCCCAUUCCUCGAUACACCUAUAAAGGUUUCCCCAGAUUGCAAAUGGAUCUGUUUGAACGCCCGAGAGUCUUACGUCCAGCACUUAGCAGCAGAGCGGCAGGGGCCAGUUUGUCGAGCAGCCCUGCUCUCCUUGCGAAGAGGACAAAGCAGGAGGUCAAGCUUGCCUACAAGAUGGCGAAGCGUUACUACUCCAACCCCCCACUUUGGGCCCGCUGUCUGUUCAGUCACUGCUACAGCCUGUGGUUCAUCUGCCUGCCAGCAGCGGUGCGACUGGCCAAGUCCAAGAGCCGCGCCAUGCAACAGGCGUACAACAUCUUGCUGAAGAUGAGAACCACUGAGGUGGAGGUGCUGGAUGAGGUGUGUUACAGAGUAGUAAUGCAGCUUUGUGGUAUCUGGGGUCUCCCUGUUUUGGCUGUGCGAGUCCUGGUUGAGAUGAAGAAAGCUGGAGUGCUUCCCAACGCUAUCACAUAUGGUUAUUACAACAAGGCUGUCUUAGAGAGUCCCUGGCCAAGCCGAAACCGCAGUGGCCUCUUUAUGUGGACCAAAGUUCGCACUGUGCUUCGAGGAGUGGCCCAGUUCAAACAAGCUCUAGACCGAACAUCUUCCAAAAAGGGACCCGCACUUAGUAUCACAGCUGCAUCAGUGGGAGGACCAGCUGUCACUGAAGCUGACCGUUUGAGUCAUGGAAGUGCAGACAGCUCGAAUGAGGUUAACGGUGGGGGUCAUAAUCUGUUUGCCCACGGCCACAUAGAAGAAGCAACAGACAACCACUGUAGUACAGGAAGACAUUCUGAUCAAGGCUACGGCUCCAAGGAUGAGUUACACCAGGAGCUGGUGGAGCCGUCACAUACAGCCGUCCUGUCCACUGGAGAGAGAAACAACGCUAAAGCACAAUAUAAUGGUGGUGACAUUGCUGGUUCAGUGGACAGUGCAGUGGCAGUAGCAGAACCCCUCACUCCCGUUGAUGUCCUGUCACCUGUCCCCAGUAUUGUGAAGCUGUCUACAGGAAGCUUUGAUGGUGAAACAGGUAAGCUGUUCAGAAGACACAGCAAGAAAAAUAGCAUGUCUCUCCCUGACGAUGAUACCCCGCUGACAGCGCAGGAUUCGGCCAGGAAGUCUCAACAUCAGCGACAGAAAUCCUUUUCUGAGCGCAGCUGUAGCUUCAGUGCUGAAACCCGUGCUGGAAUGCUCCUGGAGAAAGGUGUGGAUGACAUGGCCAGCCAGAUGGGCGCCGAUGCUCGUAUCCUGACUGCAGCACUUUCUGCUGGCCAAAGUCCACCCCCCUGCAGUGUGUCCAAAGCACUCUUUAAAGACCUUGAAGAAGAGCCAGAAGAUGAGCAGGGCUUGGUACUUGGUAAGCUGCCACGAGAGGAGCAGGUGGAAGAGGAGGAGGAGCAAGAGGAGGAGGUGGAGGAGGUGGCGGCAGCGGGAGCACCAGAUAAAGAGAAGGUAGAAGAGGGAGAUGUGGUGGAGACUGAUGUAAAAAUCGAAGAACAAGAGACUGAGAAGACUGAAGCACAGGAGGAGGAUGAGUCUGAGGUGCGAGGACUGACUCUGGAGAGGGCAGACGUGGAGGUAGGUGCUGACCCACUCUCCCUCCUGGUGUCAGAGACUGAAGAGUCGGCCUCUGUUACCAGCCAGGAGCCACCGCGCUCUGUGCCCGCUGUGGUGUCCCGUAACCUGGCAGAGGAGAUCGAAAUGUACAUGAGCCUGCGAAGCCCUCUCGGCGUCAAGUCCUCCAGCAUGGAGCUCCAGCAGUCCCAGGCAGACUCCACUGACGCCCCCGAGCCCAAACAGCCUAUGGCGCGCAGAUCCAGCCUUCCCGUGCCUGCUGUCAAAACUCCAACUGGCUCCCCAGGUGACACACCCAAACGCAGCCCUAACACUGUCACUCGCUCCAAGACGUUUGCUGUGAAGACGAAGACCCCGGCCAGCAUCACUGCGAGCCCAAGCACGAGAUCAUCCUCACUGACUGCACUGGUCAAGUCCUCACAGGGAGGGUCUCUGGGCUCAGUCAUAAACUCUAUUUCAGGCAUCAAGAUGGACACUCUGUUGUCAGGCCCUAAAAUUGAUGUGCUAAAGUCUAGCAUGAAGCAGGCAGCAAAUGUAGCCAGCAAAGUUUGGGGCGCAGUGGCGUCAGCUUACUCUUACUCCGAUGAUGAGGAAGAACAAGCUCAGGGUGGUGGUGGCUUCCCAUCACAUCUGGAUGAUCACAUGUUGGCAGCUCAUGAUGUAGAUGACAGUCCUGAACGAGGGGCCAUCCCAGGUUUGGUGGCUAACGGCUUAAACCAGAGCUCCACCAGCCUGGGCAGCAGCAGUGGCAGUAGCGACACUGGCCGAGGGACUCACCAGACAUAUAUAACUCAAGGACGUCCAGGCAGAGGUCCCGACUCUGAGCCAGGCUCCUCACAUCAUGCUUCCUCCUUGAGCAUCUACCAGAACUGUGCUUUGGAGGUGCUGAUGUCAAGUUGCUCCCAGUGCCGCUCCUGUGAAGCUCUGGUUUACGAUGAGGAGAUCAUGGCAGGCUGGACAGCCGACGACUCCAACCUAAAUACCAACUGUCCUUUCUGUCGCACAGCCUUUCUUCCCUUGUUGCACGUGGAGUUCCAUGACUUGCGCACAUUUACUGGUCUCUAUAUGAAUCCCAGUGCUUCAGGGGACAGUAUUCACAGCACCAGCACCCAUCCAACAGCCAGCAGUUCAGCCGACAUUAAGACACCAGACCAAGUUAUUUUCCCCGAAGAGGAAGCAAGAGAAACUCCAGAUCUUCGUCCUGGAGCACAUAAGAGUCUCAUUCCAGAGCCGGUGCAGUCCGACCCUCUGGGUCUGCUGGAGCACCACGCACCAGGGGAUCAGCGGAGGUGUAGUGGGACAUCACUGACGCGUAGCAACAGUGUUGGAGGUCCAUUACAGAAUUUGGAAUACUCCCAGAGACCAAGUCACGGUGUCUCCACAACCAGUCUGCCCUGCAGCUUGCUAGAGGUGUCGGAUGGCAUGGGGGCCAAACGACCAAACCCCAAGCCUGUGUCCGUCCCGUACCUGAGCCCUUUGGUGCUGCGCAAGGAGCUUGAGACCCUGUUGGAGAAUGAGGGAGAUCAGGUGAUCUACACCCACAAGUUCCUCAGCCAGCACCCCAUCAUUUUCUGGAACCUGGUCUGGUAUUUCCGUCGCUUGGACCUGCCCACUCACUUACCUGGUCUCAUUCUUACCUCGGAACACUGCAACAAUGGAGUACAGCUGCCACUGACAUCACUGUCCCAGGACAGUAAGCAGGUUUAUGUCCAGCUCCUCUGGGACAACAUCAACCUGCACCAGGAACAUGGCGAACCCCUGUACCUGCUGUGGAGGACCUUGUUGGAGAAGAAAGGGACACUGGCUCCAACAGACCACCAGGAGAUUCGGACACUCCUCAACACAAUUGUCCGCAACAUCCAGACUAACGACGUGUACGGACCAAUCAACCUGUUGAUUCGAGAGAUGAAGCGGCGCCCCGAGGGGGUCAAACGACAAAGGAGUAUCUACAGGGAAAUACUGUUUCUUUCACUGGUAGCCUUGGGACGGGAGAACAUCGACGUAGAGGCCUUCGACAGGGAGUACCAGCUGGCUUACGAUCAACUGAGCGCAGAGCAGCUCAAGUCUUUGCACCGCAUCGACAAACCGCCCACCCCCAGCGUCCAGUGGUGCCUUAAAUGCUUUGGAGCCCCUGUCAUUUGACCACCAGCACCUGCAGCAAAGAUGGAAUAUCUCGUUGGUCAUGUGUGACUGCAGGAGGGAAGAGAUCGGUUGAUGACGCGGGGUGUGAGCGAGGAUAAAAAAAGUGAUUAAACACCUCCGGUUGUCCAAACAUGGUACUUCUUCUACCCUCUGUUUUGAAAGAUGCCCACUGUCUGCUCCUUUUUUACUACCUUAUCUAGAUUUUCAUAGGUUUUCUAAGCAGACAGCGACAAGUGGGACUGUUUUUGAUGUCUCCUUCGACAGGAACAGUGAAACUGGUGGGACUAGCUGGUGUGUUUUCUAUAUAUAGUGGGUGUAUAGAAUGAUUAAUCACUGUACAGAAUAUAUUUGCUGCCCCUAUGGUGUAGACAUACUUGCUGUGUGCGUGUGUGUGUGUGUGGUCAUGGCGUCAACUCCCUGGCCUAGUAGUCUUUUCCCCAAUUUUGCUUUUCCCAUAUUAAAUCAGGAUGGGUUUUUGAGACUAUACAGGCCUUAACUGUUCCUCUCUGCACUUUCUAACAAACAGAACAGUAUCAUAUUCACUUGUCUUUUUGUACAUAUUUCUAUUAGAGGGAGAUCUGAAACCAGAGGUGCCUACUUUUUUGGAGGCAAGAAGUUGUGAUGUCUGUGUCCCAAGUCUUAUCAAAUGUUUCACUGUAUAUGUACGUGUUCAGGAUGAGGCUCCUGUCUGUGUAAAUAUGUGCCGGUAGCAGACAUGUAAAUGGGAGAAGACUGUAAAUGACAAUCACUCAAUUCACUAAAACUGAUCCACAACAUUCCACACUUCUGCAAUCAGAGCAGGUCAUAAGGAAGUGUCAGUCUCUGAUUAAAACCUGCUAUUUAAGAAAAUUAAAAUGAAAUAAAUCGGUUGUAAGUAAAACAAAAAUAAUGUAAGAAACGUGUGCCACACUACUGAUCAUGAUCAAGACCCACGUUCUAAACGACAAAACUGCAGUAGCUCAGUGCAGAACCUCAGUCUCACAUUUAUCAGUCCAGCUUGUAUUUUAAUUAUCUGCAUUUUUAACAGUAUCUCUCCGUACUUGCCUCAGCUCAUAUACCGUAUUCUUAUGAAUUACAACCAUAAAUUGCAUGCACUUGGGCUUUUCUUCACUCAAGCAUAGAAUGAAGCAGUAAAGAUGUUUUAAAUAAGGAAUAUUAUUUGCGGACAGGAUGCCUUUUAUGGUUUACAUGCAGUAGCUUUGACUAUUUAUGGCAGCAAAAAAGGAUUUUCUGCACAGCUGUAACUGUGUGUGAGAAGCCAAUGGCCUUGACAUGACAUUCCACUAAAUGAUGAAACAGACAGGAAGUGCUGUGAUGAGCUGUUGGGAAGUGGGUAUAGAAGCAGAACAAGUGUUGCUGACAUGUACAGAUGUAACAUUUUCAAUUUGCACUUCUUAGAUUGUAGUCCUGACUUUAACCAGUGGGAAUGAGGGGAUGAGACCACCUCAGAAUAUUAACAAUAUUCUUUUUUUCCCCCCUCCAAAACAAAAAGAAAUAUUCAAUUAUUUAUUUUUGUAUUAUUGGCAUUUGGACUGCAGUCAGUGUCGUAAUAGUAAAACAGCCUUUUUAAGACUUAACUAUCCCUCCUUCCCCUUUUAAUCUUCUAGUCUUCAGGGUUUUCACCUUGUAGUGACUUUGUACAUUUGGUCUCUUUAUGGCAGAGGAUGUACAGGAAACAUUGUUCUUUAACAACAGAUUAAGUGAUCUCUCUUACCGUCCUGUGGAAAGGAAUCGAAUGUCUACACUUAAAUGCGCUGCAAUAAAUGAAUUUGUGAACUGA